AUGGCCAGUCAUAUUAUUGGAAACCGCAACAGCACCCCCGAGGCUUCCAAUUCGAAUCUUCGUCCACCCUCUUCGUCUCGAAACCUCGGAUCGCACCAGCUGCGGGCUUCGGCAGACAUGUCCGGGUUUCCAUCGCCGUUGUCCUCCCGAAGCAUCCGUCCCUCAUCUGAAGUCUUCUUCAAUCAACAGUCCCAGGGUCAGAAUGCGACGGAAGAUGCUUUGGAUCGUGCUGCCCAGCAGUGGCUUGCGGAUAUCGAUCAGUAUGAGACCACUUUGGAGGAAAUGGCGGCUGCCACCCUUGACCAGGAUUUCAAGGAUGAACUCAGCGCCAUCGAGCAAUGGUUCCGUGUGCUUAGUGAAGCCGAGAGAACCGCUGCACUAUACGCUUUGCUCCAGCAAACCACCCAGGUGCAAAUUCGGUUCUUUAUCCAAGUCCUGCAGCAAAUGUCUCAGGGUCAUCCAAUGUCCGGUUUGCUCUCGCCCGCCAACUUUGGCGAAAAGGAUGCUAUGUCCAGCCGCUUGAGCGAUGCUAUGUCAAAGCUCAACAUGGACUCCUCUCGCAACUCCCUUGGACGGCCCCCACCUUCCCCUGGCGCGAAGCGGAACUCCGGUCUCGACCCCUCUACUAUCAAUGCGAUGUUCCCAGAUGCCGCUGCCGCAAUCGCGAAGAAGAAGGCCGAGUUCACUCAGCAAACUGGCAAUGCACCUCCCUCGAACCGUAACAGUGCAGUCUUCGACCGUGCCUCUUUUGUUGCCCCCACCAUCUCGGCGCCUGAUAACAACUCGGACAGUCUGGGCCAACCACCUGCUUCCCCGUGGGCUCAGCGCGGUCUUUCCGAUACUCAGCCUCCGAUCGCUCGCCCCAAGUCAUCUUCCGGACACCAGCCCAUGGGCCAGUUCAGCCAGCCCUCGGGCAUGCGCUCGCCUCUUCCGCAAACCGCCAACAUUCCUUCCUCUGACAUUGAGCCUCCUCUGCUCUCGCCCUACAACGUUGGAAACCAUAGCUGGGCUUCGAUGACCAACACCCCGAUGACUGCGAGUUUCGGUCAGCAGUCCCUCCAAAACCCCAACAACCAUGCGGACAUGGUUGCCAAUGCCACGGCAAUGAAGCUGGCAGCUUUGUCGACGGUGAACAACCGCAUUGCUUUGGACGAUGCACGCAAGUAUCGCCGUUCUCGCUCCAAUGACGGCCAGGGCAGAAACCCUCAUGGUAACCCAAGUAUCAACCAAGGUCUGGCUAGCCCAGGUCUCGGCGGACAGCACUUGGUGGGUGGUCAGAUCCUCAAUAAUCAGCAGCUAGUCGCUUUGCAGGCUCAGCAGCAGGCGGCCAUGGCCGGUAGACGGUCCCGCCCAACAUCACCCGGUAUUGUCAUGCAGGGUGGUGGCCUGACCCCGAUGGGAUUCACUUCACCCCAGAACAACGGAUUCCUGGCGGCUUAUGACCCGAACAACCCUCUCAUGGGUAAUAGUCUCAAUCCGUUCGGCAUCAACAACAACCACUUUGCGGGUAGUGAGGGCUACUUGUCUGAUCACUCGGAGGUUGCGCGAGGCCGCUCUCCCCGUGGUCGCCGUGGCAGCUCGAAGCCGCCAGAGGAUCCCACCGACCCCGCCCUUCUGAAGGAUAUCCCCAGCUGGCUGCGAUCCCUCAGGCUGCACAAGUACACCGAUAACCUGAAGGAUUUGCAGUGGACAGAGUUGGUUGAACUGGACGACAAGGCGCUCGAGGAUCGUGGUGUCAAUGCCCUUGGUGCGCGUAAUAAGAUGCUUAAGGUCUUCGAGCAGGUCAAGGAGGCCCGCGGUGAUGGCAAAUUUGAAAAUCUUGUUUGA